CGGGUUGUUUUUCCUGAUUCCAUAUACUCCUCAGUGAAGACAUCUACGAAGGGGCGGCUCUGUGGGCGUUCUGAGUCCAGGCGUUUAACAAGCAAUGGCCGUCGGCGUCCUCGCUUUGCAGGGCUCUUUCAACGAACACAUCGCAGCUCUUAGAAGACUUGGGGUGAAGGGGGUGGAGAUAAGGAAACCCGAGCAGUUGCAGAGCGUGACCUCCCUCAUCAUACCCGGAGGGGAAAGCACCACUAUGGCCAAGCUUGCUGAAUACCACAACCUGUUUCCUGCAUUACGUGAGUUUGUAAAAAUGGGGAAGCCUGUUUGGGGGACAUGUGCAGGGCUUAUCUUCUUGGCAAACAAAGCUACUGGCCAGAAAAGUGGAGGACAGGAACUAAUAGGGGGCCUUGAUUGUACCGUGCACCGGAACUUCUUUGGCAGUCAGAUCCAGAGUUUUGAAGCAGAGCUUCCAGUACCUCAGAUUGCAGAUAAAGAAGGUGGUCCUCCUACUUUCCGUGCCGUAUUUAUCCGUGCUCCUGCAAUUCUUGAAGUUGGACCAGAAGUUGUGGUUCUGGCUGAUAUUCCUUUCUCGUCUAACAAAGCAGACGAUCCAAAUCUGGCUCUCGAAAGCACAGAGGGAAGUACUGGUUCUGGAGAGAGAGUGAUCGUGGCUGUGAAGCAAGGAAACUUGCUAGCGACUGCCUUUCAUCCUGAAUUGACCGCGGACACACGAUGGCAUAGUUACUUUUUGAAGAUGGUGGAUGAAGUUGGGGAAGGAGCCUCAAGUAGCAUCUGUGCAGUUGGAGGAGAGUUCCAAAAAUCUAGAACUGAUCUCCCCGUAUAUCAGUAGAAAAAGCAAUGGUAUAACAAAUGGCUAUAAAUGAGAGAUUCUGAUUAGGUAUUUAUAUUGCAUCUCUUUUAUUUUGUUCUCUCGUAUACCCGAAAUUUCUAGUUGGUACUUGUGUUGCAAGACGGUCGAUAUACUUCAAGGUUGUCUGUGUUUAUCUUUUCCGAGUGGUUAGUUUGAUCUUUCUGGCUUCCUGGAAUUGUACAUAACAUUGGAAGUUAUUUAUAACAUUUUCACAAGUUUUCCUUUAAAA